AUGAGUGAUGCUGGAGUGGUGUGCAGGCAGCUGGGCUGUGGAGAUGCUCAGUGUGAGUCACGAGGAUGGGGUAAACAUCGCUGUGAUCAUGGAGAGGAUGCUGGAGUGAUCUGCUCAGAGGUCAGGCUGGUGAGCGGGACUGACCUGUGCUCUGGGAGAGUAGAGGUGCAUCAUGGGAGCUCCUGGGGCACGGUGUGUGAUGCUGACUUUGACCAGCAGGACGCAGAGGUUGUGUGCAGGGAGCUGGGCUGUGGGGCUCCUAAAGAGCUGCGCGGGGCAGCUGCAUUCGGCCAGGGCGAGGGCCAGGUGUGGGCAGAGGAGAUUCAGUGCAGAGGCAACGAAUCUCAGAUUAACUUCUGCCCCACAGCACCCUCACAGAAUCAACCCUGCUCCCAUGGAAACGAUGUGAGCCUGGUGUGUUCUGGCAGGGAGGAUGUGAGGCUGGUGAAUGGUAGCAGCCCCUGUGCUGGGAGAGUGGAGGUUUACCAUCGGGGAGAGUGGGGGACAGUGUGUGAUGAUGGCUGGGACAUGAGUGAUGCUGGGGUGGUGUGCAGACAGCUGGGCUGUGGAGAUGCUGUAGAUGCACUAGGAAAGGCUCACUUUGGACCAGGGUCUGGGAGAAUAUGGAUGGCUUAUGUGUCCUGCAGUGGAUCAGAAUCCUCACUGAAGCAGUGUGAGUCACUAGGAUGGGGUGAACAUCGCUGUAAUCAUGGAGAGGAUGCUGGAGUGAUCUGCUCAGAGGUCAGGCUGGUGGGCGGGACUGACCUGUGCUCUGGGAGAGUAGAGGUGCAUCAUGGGAGCUCCUGGGGCACGGUGUGUGAUGCUGACUUUGACCAGCAGGACGCAGAGGUUCUGUGCAGGGAGCUGGGCUGUGGGGCUCCUAAAGAGCUGCGCGGGGCAGCUGCAUUCGGCCAGGGCGAGGGCCAGGUGUGGGCAGAGGAGAUUCAGUGUAGAGGCAACGAAUCUCAGAUUAACUUCUGCCCCACAGCAGCCUCACAGAAUCAACCCUGCUCCCAUGGAAACGAUGUGAGCCUGGUGUGUUCUGGCAGGGAGGAUGUGAGGAUGGUGAAUGGUAGCAGCCCCUGUGCUGGGAGAGUGGAGGUUUACCAUCGGGGAGAGUGGGGGACAGUGUGUGAUGAUUACUGGGAAUCCUCACUGAAGCAGUGUGGAUCACUAGGAUGGGGUAAACAUGACUGUAAUCAUGGAGAGGAUGCUGGAGUGAUCUGCUCAGAGACACCCCAGGCUGUCUUGACGGUCUCUCCUCAUGGGCGGAUAUAUAGAGGACAAGCUGUCAGUCUCUCUUGUGAGGUCACAGUGCCCUCUGCUGGCUGGGAAUAUUAUUGGUACAAAGGAAAUGGAUCAAGUGGCACUGCCCUCAUUGCCAGUACAGCUGAAGGCUCGUACACCCUCAGUGCUGCAGCUCUUGCACACACCGGGGAGUACAGCUGCAGAGCAGGGAGGAGCAACCCAGUCUGGUACACAGAGUACAGUCCCCCUGUCCACAUACAGGUAACAGGCAGAGUGAUGUAUGGUCUGGUUGCUGCUCCUCUCCUGCUGGCCACCAUUGUACUGUGUGUGAAAUGGUACAGGAGACCAGGGCCGUCUAAUGAAACAGCUGUCCGCUACACUGGAGGGAAUGUGGAAAUUGCCAUGUAAAACACACAGAGGCUGGGUCCGUGUACUCAUGUGAAAUGAGAAUGAAGUCUGAGAGCUCAGGACUCUUUUUUCAUCAUUGUGAUGUUUCUCAGCUUGCAGGAGGGGAAAUUGGGGGUGCAGUCAUGGGGGCAUUUUAGGGAAUGGGAACAGGAAGAUGUUGUGUCUUUAGAGCGCAGCAUCUGUACGAUAUGAGCA